GGCUUAAUACAUAUAAGACAUUUAGCAAACUUUUAAAUCAGUCUGAUUGGGGUAUGCAAAAAUAUCAACAUGGGCAAGAAACACAAGUUGUACUAGUUGGUGAGUUAUUUGAAGAAUCUUCAAAACAAAUGCAACCUCAAAAAACUAAAGAUAAAUGCAAUAAGAAAGAUACUUCACAACUGACUAUUGAAUAG